AGGUUCUAGUGGUGUCUUCUUGUGAUUUCUCGCUGUCACUAUGUCGGAGACCGCGCCGCCACCUCCGGCUGCUUCCACGCCUCCGGAGAAAGCUCCAGCUGGCAAGAAGGCGAAGAAACCCUCGAAGGCUGCAGUGGCUGCUAAGAAGCCUGCAGGGCCUUCAGUAUCGGAGCUCAUAGUGCAGGUAGUUUCUAUCUCCAAAGAGCGCAGCGGCGUGUCCCUUGCCGCGCUCAAGAAAGCGUUGGCAGCCGCUGGCUACGAUGUGGAGAAGAACAACAGCCGCAUCAAGUUGGGCCUGAAGAACCUGGUGAGCAAGGGCACCCUGGUGCAGACUAAGGGCACCGGCGCUUCAGGCUCCUUCAAACUCAACAAGAAGGCAGUCUCUGCCGAAGCCAAGCCCAGCAACGCAAAGGUGGCAGCAAAAGCUAAGGUAACAGGCGCUAAGAAGCCCAAGAAGCCUCUUGGGGCUACUACCAAGAAAAGCGUCAAGACUCCGAAGAAGACUAAGAAGCCUGCGGCGGUAAGGAAAUCCUCUAAGAGUCCUAAGAAGCCUAAAGUUGUGAAGGUCAAGAAGGUGUCCAAGAGUCCUGCCAAAGCUAAGGCGGUGAAGCCCAAAGCCGCGAAGGCAAAGGUGACCAAGCCGAAAACUGCCAAGCCGAAGAAGGCGGCUCCCAAGAAAAAGUAAAGUUCUGGUUGGAAGCUUCUUCAAUAACCAAACGGCUCUUUUAAGAGCCACUUAUGUCUUUCAAGAGAAGAGCUUCAAUACGGAUUUUCAGCUAGUUGUAAAAUAACUGGCUUUGGUUCGUAUUAGGAUUACUCCCGAGUUUUGAGUCCUCACACCUGAGUUGAGUGACGUGCUAAUUAAGUCUUAACCAAGUAGUAGGUUCUUAAUGAUUUUACGGUAAUUCCAAAUGAGCCCCUUGCCUGAUUAUUUUCUCUGCCUGGGGCAAACCUUCCUGUAACUAGAAUCACUUGAGCUUUCAGGACAUAUCCGUUAUCUUGGCAUCCUAUACUAGUUAGCCACUGAUCAAGUCGGCCCCGACUCGAAGCGUGUACUCUAUGCAUGCAUGGGUCUACUCACUUCCUUGUGGCCGGUGAGCUAAAAUAGGCGUUGUGUCAUUAGGGACUAUUGUAAAGGCGGCCUUUUUCAAAACUUGGUGGCCCCUAAAAAAUACUUCUGGGGUAAUCCGGCGAAACCUAUAGUUUACGCUUUGAUGUCCUUGAGCAUGAUGGUGACCUGCUUGGGGUAGAUGGAGCACAGGUGGUGUCCUCAAAGAGUUCCCCAGGUAGGCCUCGCACUCCUGUAGUGCCUUUGCCGUGGAGCUCUGCAAGCGGAGGUCCAUCUUACUUGUGCGGAAUCUCUCUGGUGCGGGCCCUGGCCCAAACAAAGGAGCUUGGCUGCCACGGAGUUUUAGAGCUGAAGCUCAAAAGCUCUCACCCGCUUUUUCUGCGUGUUUCUAGAAACUAAACUGCCGAUUGGAUAAUAUUUUAAAAUCCCACUGUGUCUAACUGGAUCGUAUUUCAUCGUGUGCAGUGUUUUCAACCCUGGUGGCAUCACCCCACGUUAAUACUGGGAACCCUUUCGCAGAAUUGCCCCGUUAAGCUUUUGCUAUUUAAAUUCUGGGAUUCAGAUUUUAAUAACUCGUCUAUUUUGUUCAUAGCGAACAAACAGUAUUAUCAUGAAUUACGCUCAGUGCAGCUCAAUUAGUUGUGGAACUUUAUUUUUGUAUAUACAUAUACAAAUUCGUUAACAAUUGGUUGUUUUAUUUUUCUAAUGGUCUUUUCCCUUUUUCCACUGUUUUGUUUGGAUCCCUCCAUCCCCUCACAUAUAGGCAUUUCACACUCUUGCUCCCCCUUCCCCACCUCACGUAAACAAACUGGUAUGUAGUCAUUCAUGUUUUCCUUUGAACUCAGACUUUUACAUACACAUACCCAUGUACCUGUAUGCCUUGUUUUGCUUUUCGGUUAGUUUUCUGUUUUUAACAAAAUGGUGAUAUUACACAUACUUCUCUGCAUCUUACCUUUCUCUAUUAACACCACCUUUGAGUCAACGGGUAUAAUUAUACCCUUCCUCAUUUUUUAAAACGUCCUUCACGUGAAGUAGCAUCAUUUAGCACCCAUUUCCUACUGAUAGGCAUUCACAUUGUUUCCAGUUACCGCUGCUGACCACCGUGCAAUAAGCAGAGUCCCCGGACUGGGAUUGCUAGGUGAGUGUAUUUUAAAUUUCAGUAGGUGCUGGCAUAGCACAUUACAGACUACAUAUAUGUAUAUAAACUUUAAAAUAAUAAAAUGUUUGCCAUAAAGUUUUAUAGCUUCUAUAUUUCCACUCUUGGUUAAGAAGGCCAACUCCCUCCACUGCUUAUGCAGGCUUCUAGAUUUUCUUCUAAAAAUUUUAUUGCUUUAAAAAAAGUUUUUAGUCUUUAGUUCAUUUAGGAUUUAUUUUAUGUAGUCUUAGAAGCUGAGUUUACACUCUUCCAUGUGGAUGGCCAGUUGUUCUCACACCAUUUAUUAAAUAAUCCAUCAAUUUCCCCACUGAACAGAAAUAUACCACCUUUGUUAUUUAUUAAAUUCUCAUAUAAUGGGAUCUGUUUAAUUCUUAUUCUUUUGUACUGAUAUUUUUGUCUAUUCCUUUAUCAAUACCAUAUUAAUUUGAUUAUAAUGGCUUUAUAAUAUGCUCUGAUAUCCAAUGUAGCAAGUUCCCACUCAUAGUUAUGUAAAAUUUCUUGGCUGUUUUUGGGCAUGUAUACUUCCAAUAUAAACUUUUUAAACACUUUAGCCAAUAUUUAAAAGACUCGAUUGGGUUCUAACUAUAAUGUGUUUAAAUUAUUUUUGGUUUAUUUUGUGAGAAGCUGAGAAGUGACAUUAAAUAUUUUCUUCCCAUUCAAAAAUAUCUUUCCUUUUGUUCUGUUCUCAAUUUAUGAUUUUACUGUUUUUAUAUGUCAUGUAUUUUCUUAAUUGUAUUCCUAAUUAGUUUAUACACUUGUUUCUAUUGUGAAUGGAAUACUCUUCUCAUUUUCUUUUUCUUUUUUUUAGGUCUUAUUGCUAGGAGGAAAGAAAUGUAUUAAUAUCUUGUACCAGCUAACUUUCCCGUUUCUGUAACUCGUUUCCCUUUCUUUCUGUACUCUUUAAACUAGAACCCUUUGGUUUUUUUCUAGUUAUCAGCAAAAUAAAUAAUUUCACUUUUUCGUUUUCUUCAAUGUGAAUACCAAGUAUUUUUCCUUUCAUAUUGUGUUUUCUAGAAUCUCUAAGAAGACUCAAAUAAUGAUUUUAGCAGGCGUCCCUCCUUAGUUCCUGGUUUUAACUUACAUAGUAUUAAGUAUUUUGUUCCUUAGGAUAAUAUUAUUAUUAUUUUUUUACCAUUGUUCCCUCUUUGUUUUUGUUAUUAAUUUUUGGCACCUCCAUUAUAUUUAAAUGGUUCUUUUUUAUUCCUAUUUUCCUUUAAAAAAUUUUUUUGCAUGUUGGCUAGAUUUUUCUCAUAUAUUGAUACGAUCAUAUGGGUUUUCUACUUUGUUUGGUGUUAGAUGUUAAGCCGUCAGUCAAUGUAGCUGAAAGCCUCAAACAGAAGAAUGAGGCAUGUUUUUCUAAGAUGGUCAUCUAUAAGAAAGGAACAGGUGUGUGACGGAGUUGGAGAAGGAUCAAUCAGAAAUCCUUCUGUGAAGUUUGCAGAGCUGUGAAAUUACACAGUGAAGGAGGGAGUGGUGAUCAAGGGAUCAAAUGCUGUUGGUAGAUUAAGGUGAGAACAUUGGGUUUAGUAGGAUGGCAGUCAUGGUGGUCUUCACAAGAGUACUUUGGUGGGGGAUGGAGUUGAACUGAGAUGGAGUUAUACCCUUGAGAGUCAUUGGUAUAUCGAUGGAAUUCAAAGCCAUGAGGUGAAUCAGGAAGUGACUGAGAUAGAGAAAAGUAUAAAGAGAUGAGAAAGGACAGAGUCCUGAGGCAUCCAACAUCAACAGUAGGGGAGACCUGGCUCUGACCAUUUCUCAUGGAUAAAUAUAAAUAAUUAUUCCACCUCUUAGUGCUUUCACUUAUUUAAAAGUAAAAGGGUUGAAUUAGAGCAGUGUUUUUCAAACAUGGAAUAGAAGAGAAUAAGAACAUAUUUGUGUGUGCCACAUUAAAGGUAAAUAUGACUCCCUGGAACUUCGGUUUCUGGUACUUAUGUUGUUAGGCAGAUGUAGGCAGGUGCUGGAACAUAAAGAAAAAUGCAUUUCUUAUUGACGAUCACAGUCAAAAAACUCUGAACACCAAUGGUUAAGAUGCUCCCUAUGGUCAUUUCCAAAUCCAAGACUCUAUCAUUUAAAUUGAUGUUCUGACCACAGAAUUUUAUUAGCUCUAAUAGUAAUACAAAAUAGCAGACAGAGAUUUGAAAUCAAUCUCAUUUACUGUCUCAGGAAUCUUCCUAAGAUAAACUGGUGACAAUGGUGACAUAAAAAUUCUGUUUACUAAUUGGUUUGUCCCUGUGGGGCUUUGAAAAGGGGGGAGGAGGCAAAAGAAAGCACAGGAGAUUAUAUGACUUCCAGGACUAACUGAGGAUCAGUGGGGCCCCCCUAAGAAGGUAUAUUAAACAAAAACAAAAAAUGUGACCAGUUGCCUCGAGUUGACUUGACUCAUGGCAACCUGAUGUGUGUCAGAGUAGGCAGGGCUUUCAGUGGCUGAGUUUUCCAAAGUAGAUUGCCAG